AUGUCCAACACUCCUAUUACUAAAGCUGAUGCCCAAAACAUUCAAUCCAUGGCCUCCCAUGAAGGUCUCGAUACCGGUAAGGGCUCUGUUCCCGCCAAGGCCCAAAGUUUCGGCGACAAGAACCUCGAUGCUGCCAAGGAAGCUACUGCUAAGGGAUUCGCCACUCAAUCCAGCGAUGACAAGGAUACCACCAAGCCCGGUACUGAAUUGAAGAAGUAA